CAUUGAAAAUAGCUAUCAGACACAGAUCUAUCGUCGUGUUAGAGUACAUUGACUCUGAAAAGAGAUGAUCAAUAUCCCUGCUAACGCAUUCGACAUAUGUUCCUGAAAUAUAUCUACAGAAACCAUCAUGAUUCCGAUGAUAACAUUGUGGUUGGCCUUCGUUGUUGUGGCGUCUACGGGCCAGUAUGUCCCAAAAGUCAACACUCCCUUGGGUCCCGUCAGAGGCGUGGUUGUUCCGGUGCUCGGACAGGACGUCCUACAAUUCCGUAACAUCCCGUAUGCCAAACCUCCCGUAGGUAAACUCCGAUUUGAAAAGCCUGUUCCCGUAGAACCGUGGACAGACACUCUAGACGGCACUAAAUUUGGACCGUCCUGUAUCCAGGAUACCAACUUUUUGCCAGAGAUGUGGGAUAAGCUAGAAAAUAAGGAAACAUCAGAAGAUUGUUUACAUUUAAAUGUAUAUGUUCCAGAAUCUACUUCGCUCAAAGUUAAGAAACCGGUGAUGGUCUGGAUUCACGGCGGGGCUUUUGUUGGUGGUUCUGCUGCUCUGUACGAUUCUUCGUACUUUGUUCUGAAAGAUGUAGUAGUAGUGACCAUUCAGUACCGUGUUGGGCUGUUUGGAUUCUUAAGUUCAGGAGAUUCCAAACUUCCAGGCAACUACGGACUCUGGGACAUGAUCGAAGCGUUAAGAUGGGUGAACAAAAGCAUAGCAUCCUUUGGAGGUGAUCCGAACAUGGUUACCAUUUUUGGGGAGUCGGCAGGAGGCUUUGCUGUUUCUUUCUUGUCUCUUAUUCCAUUGACUGAAGGGUUAUUCCAGAGGGCUAUCGCUCAGAGCGGAAGCACAGCAGGUCCUUUAUUUUUAAGCGAGAACCCAAUGAAAAUUACGGAGAAAGUUGGUAGUCAUGUUGGAUGUAUCACCAACUCAUCCAUUGACAACGAGGCUCUGGUAAGUUGUCUGAAGACAAAAUCUGCUGAAGAUUUGCUCAUAGCGCAAUUAGACCCCGCGACUUUGCACUCCGGUGGUUUCUCUAUGUCCGUUCAUCUCUGGCCAGUCGUAGAUGAUGAUCUAAUUGUAAGGAGACCUAUGGAAAGCUUAAAAGAUCCCAGUUCCAAGGAAUUCCAACGCUUUCAAUCUGUGGAUUUGAUAGCAGGAACUACAGACAAUGAAGCUUCGCUGCUUCCGUUUAUACUUUUCCACUUGCAGGAGCCCAUGAACUUCCAACUGUCUGAAGGUAUACCUACCUCUGUGUUGUGUGACCUAUUCGCACCAGCGAUAGCCAGAGACAAGUAUGAAGACAAUACUGUCGUGUCCGACAUGAUAUGUGAAAGAUAUAAGGAGGACAAUUUAGUGGACCAGUCUAGAAGUCUCGCGGCUUUGUACGGUGACUUACAAUUUGUCGCUCCAACAGUGUCUCUUCUUGACUUUCAUUCAGAAGGGAAAACGGAUUCCAACACCUACCAUUACUUGUUCACACAAGAAAUCCACUUUUCCUUUCUUACGCCAAGUUUCCAUUGGUCUAAGGGUGCAGGUCAUGCCGUAGACUGUCUGUUCAUGUUCGGUCCAUCAGGGAUUAGUGAUGACGAAUCCUUACAAAGUACGGCAGCGAUAUCACUAAGAGACACGGUCGUAUCCUACUGGACUAACUUCGCCAAAACAGGAAACCCAAAUGGUCCCGGUUUGAUUCCAUGGAAGACAUUCAGUAAUAGAGGGCGCUACUACAUGGAUUUGAAGGUCGAUCCAGAACUAGGUCAAGAUCUAUACCAAGAGCGCAUCAAGUUUCUACGGGAAGACAUUCCAAAUAGAAUCCGACAAAGUCACAAGACUGAAUUGUAGUACACAAAGGUGUUUCAGUGAGGUGUGAUUCUAGUGAUAGACAUGAUUUUGUAAUCUAUUAGACUGUAUGCAUUGCAGAUCUUGGAGACUAGUGUGUAAUCAGUAAUCAGGAACAAGGACCAUAGGGUCACAAGGCAGGGAGUCAUGUGAUAUAGGGUUCCAAUCAAAUAUCAGGGACUAGGACCGUAGGGUCACAAGGCUGGGAGGUAUGUGAUAUAGGGUCCAAGCAAAUAUCAGGGACUAGGACCGUAGAGUUACAAGGCAGGGGUUCUUGUGAUAAAGGAUCCGAAUCAGUGAUCAGGAAUUAGGACCAUAGGGUCACAAGACUGAGAUUUACGUGAUAUAGGGUCCCAAUCAAUUAUCAGGGACAAGGACCGUAGGGUCACAAGGCAGGAAGUCAUGUGAUAUAGGGUCCCAAUCAAAUAUCAGGGACUAGGACCGUAGAGUCACAAGGCUGGGAUUCUUGUGAUAAAGGAUCCGAAUCAGUGAUCAGGAAUAUUUGGGAGUUGAGUAAUAAAAAGUCCCAGCCAGCGACCAGGCUACA